GUUAGAAAUGCGAUGGAAGAUAAUGUAAAUGGGAGCAUUUUAUCUUCGUAUAUUUGCAACAGGACCAUGAGGACAGAUCAAACGUAAACUCUGUUUUACUCUAAAAUGUUUUUAAUGUAUUUGAUUUAAAACUGGCUGAGUUUUAUGCAGCCAUGUAGUAGUCCUGCAUCACAGAAACUGCUGAGAAAUACAAAAAUUAAGCUGCUCUUUAGCGAAAACUUGCUGCGAGUCUCCAUUUGCCUGAAACUAAACUGGCACUUAUCGAUGACUGAUUGACGCUCACCUGUGGUGACGUCAGCGCUUAAUGGGCGCGUGCAAACACAAGAGGAAGUGAGUAAGAAAGAAGAAAUAUGUGACAGAGGGGAGCGGAGGACUACAGCUGCUGGUGCUGCACCUCUCAAAGCCCCGGUGGACCGCAGCUCCCCCCACAGCCGCAGGACUCACCUGUGAUAUCAUUUUAUAGAAAGCUGCUGUGUUGCACGGUCACCUCACACAGACUCCUCUAAUGUUGUAGGUGCUGAAGAGGUCAGUGGACCGGGUCAAGGUGACGGCGGGAGGACGCCAUGUCCCACAUCCAGUCAGACAGCUCCACGGGCGACCAGACCCCUCUAAUUCUGGAGAGCCAAUUUUCCACAGAACUCCAUAUAUCUGAGCCAGGCGAUGACUGCUACCAGCCACAAAGCUCCCCCACACCCCAAUCUGAAACAUCCGUGCCCCAGGAGGAUGUAGUAGACAAGGCGGUGGUGCCUCCGCAGGUGCUUUUGAGCACCCACAGCCCGGCGGCGCUGAAGGUUGGCACCCAUCAGCUCAUCCCCAAGAGUUUAGCUACAGCCAGCCGACCUAAAAACCGCCACCACACCACAGUGGUGACAUUCCCACUGGGACUGGAGAACUCCAGCAGUGGGACCCGGAGCCGUCACUCAACUCAGGGGCCAGAUUUGACCUGGGAGGAUUAUGACAGUGAUGGAGAUGGCUUCGCCUUGAGGAGGAACCGCAGGAACAAGUCAUACAGAGCAGCUGUGACCAGCCUGGACAUUGAAGCCAUAGCGAUGGGACGAGGGGCUGCGUCCACACUGAAACCUGUCAAAGAGAACAGAGCACCCAGUCCUUGUCCGGCUCGCAGUCCUGGACGCAAGCGAACCUUGGGGAGAAGGAGGAAACAGAACCACCGUGGAUCCUUCAAAGAUGCUACGCCAUGCCUCUACCAGGAGAUCCGUGAGCGAGGGCUGCACUCCACCAACCAGGAUGAGCUGCUGGAUGAUUUUGUGGUGGUGGAGCCUCCCGUUGAGGACCAGGGUAUUGUUGUGAAGAGCUACCGGCCAGCACAGCUCACCUGGAGCCAACUGCCACAGGUGAAGGACACAGGUAUCCUGACACUGAUCACACCUCAAGAGAGAAAGAGACAAGAGGCCAUCUUUGAAAUCAUCACCUCGGAGCAUUCGUACCUGCACAGCCUGGGCAUCCUGGUGCGUCACUUCCAGAGCAAUGAAGCGCUGAGGAAAACGAUGACGGUCACAGAGCACCAUCACCUCUUCUCCAACAUCUCUGUCAUUCACCAAGUCAGCAAACGGUUUUUUGAGGACCUUGAACGUCGUCACUAUGACAACCCAGUGAUACGGGACAUUAGCGAUAUCGUUCAAAAACACGCUGCCCACCACUUUGAGCCCUACAUUGUCUACUGCUCGAACGAGACCUUCCAGCAGAGGACGCUGCAGAAGCUGCUGACAAGUAAUACUGCGUUCAAAGAGACCCUGAAGCAAAUUGAAGGGAGCAGUGAAUGCGGAGGCCUCCCCAUGAUCUCUUUUCUCAUCCUUCCCAUGCAGCGAGUCACCAGACUGCCGCUGCUGCUGGAUACAAUCUGUCAGAAAACUCCAGACAAGACAGCGGAGUACUUUGCUGCAGUUUGGGCACUGCACGCCAUCAGCAAGUUGGUCACUAGCUGCAAUGAUGGAGCGAGGCGGAUGGAAAGGACAGAGCAGAUGUAUACCAUCCAGAAACAAAUGGAUUUUGGUAAAAUCAAGCCGUUUCCAUUGGUGUCAUCAUCGCGUUGGCUGAAGAAGCACGGUGAACUGGCAAUCUGCACCGAAGAGCUCAGCAUCUGGAGAGCUUUCAGCCACAGGAGCUACUACCUGUUUCUCUUCAAUGACGUACUGAUCAUCACCAAGAAGAAGAGUGAGGAGAGCUUUGUGGUGAUGGACUACGCCACUCUGGAGAAUGUGGAGGUGGAGGUUGCGGACGAUGCAGAGGGACGGAUGUCUCCACCUGCCAAGAACAGCUCCAGCCAUCUGUCCUUUAGACUGCUGAUGAGCAGGAACAGUGAGGGGAGACCGGAGCAGACCUGCCUGGUGGCAGAGUCCAGGGUGGACCGAGCUCGUUGGAUAGUUGCUCUCACAGAGCACAAGCAGGCCGGAGUCUUCACUUGUAAAGAUGGUCUGCCACAGUACGAGGCCACCAAAGCCUACAUGCCAAAGGAACCAGAUGAGCUGGGGCUGCAACAGGCUGAGCUUGUCAUCGUCCUGCGUCAAGAAGAGGCCUGGUGCUUUGGGGAGAGGAUGCGAGACGGAGAGAGGGGCUGGUUUCCUGCCAGCUGUGCCACAGAGAUCACCAAUCCCACUGCCAUGGAGAACAACAUGCAGCGCAUGAAGCGUCUGCGUAAGGAGACAAACGUAUGAGUGAUUCUGAACAACCAAACUAUCUGGUCCACAGGAGGUGGACAACAUAGUGUUCAGUGUCUAAGACUGUGUCACUGAUGAAUCAUAAACUGAACACAGGAACUGCAUUAAUUACAAUAACAGUGGCCCACAAGUCCAUUACCAACAGACUGAAAGACUUCACACAAUGUUAAAAGCCUCAAAGACAGCCAUUAUUGGCGUCUUGGUGCCCCAGUGGUCCGAGAUGGAUGCCAUGUAACCUGGAAGUUCCUAGUUUGAACACAGCAAGGGUCCAUGUUUCAUGUUGCUCUCUGUCAGACUGUCUAAAUUUUUUUUUAAAAAACAGCAAUUAGUUUGAAUUACUACUGUAGGCUUUUUACUCAACAUGUACAGCACUACCCUGUAAUUUCCUUGUUGGUGUAAAUGUAAAUUUAAACUUACUGGCUGUAGUAAAUAAUGAACCUGAGCUUUAGCUGUUGAUUUUAUUUAAAAUCUAGGAGCUAUAAAAUGUAAUUCUAUUGCCUAAAUACAUUUAACUUUGAAUGGUUGCAUGUAGAAGAGUGUUAAGUGUUUCCUACACUUUAAGUCCCGUCACUUCACCUCAAGAUGAGGAACUUGAAUCUAAAUGUUGGUUACACAUCUUGUUCUAUAAAGUUAAUUUCAAUUAAAGAUACUGUGUAAGGUUUGAUGUUCUAGUGUA